CACUGACGACAGUUCUAGACUAACUUAGAGCUCCCAAAAAUAGUGAGGGCAUAGGCAUUGUCUUUCGCUUUGUAUUUAUUGGCAAACUUGGAUGGCAUCCAGUUAGACGUUCUUUUCCUCGUUACCCGUUAAGAGAUACUUGUAUCUUUGGAAAACUAAAAGUUUGCUGAAUUCGAGAUGGACACCAGGUUCCUCUUUAUUUCCGGACUCAUCAUGAUCCCCAUGAUAUCAGGCGCCCUGACCUUCAAUGCAACUCUAAUAUGCAGCUUGGUGGUCAACGGAACCAAGAUGAACGAUCCUCGGGCGUGCAACGCGUGGGUUCAGUGCGUCGAUGGGAUCGCUGUGAGUGGUAGCUGUGCGACUGGACUCUUCUACGACCGGGAGAGCCAGAAAUGCCUGAGUUCCAGUAGUGUCAAGUGUCUGUCCAGUGAUCCGUGCGCCGCUGUGCCCACCGGAUUCGCGGCUGAUCCGUACUCCUGCAACGGUUAUUACUACUGCCAGAAUGGCAAGGGGACGCACGGAGUGUGCCCCACUGGGAUGAACUUCAAUUCGGGCACGCAGGACUGCAUCCGGGAUUUUCCGUGCCCGGAUAAGAUGGAUCCGGAUAGCUAUUGCAACAUCCUGCCGGAUGGGGUCUUUGUCAAGGACACGGACAGCUGCAAUGGCUAUCAGAUGUGCUGGGAUGGCCAGGUGAUCAAUGGAACCUGUCCGGGCACCUUCUACUUCAAGGCCUCCACGGCCCAGUGCGAUUAUCCGCAGAAUGUGGAGUGUGACUUCGUCCCAGUGCCAGAUAUCAUCGAGAAGGGUGUAUGUCCAGAGACGGGAGGAUUUAUAUCCGAUAACAAGACCUGCAAUGGCUACUACUACUGCAAGGACUUGGGCAACGGAGAGUUCUCGCUGGAGCAUGGCGUGUGCUCCGACGGAAGAUUUUUCCUGGCCACCGACGGCGGAGCCUGUGUGCCGCGAUCCAAGGUGAAAUGCGGCUACGAUCGCUGCGUGGGCUUGGGCAAUUCCACCAUCCAGCUGGCCAACGAGUCGGAUGAUGGCUGCAGGGGCUAUUCGAUCUGCCAGGAUGGCAUUGUCAUUGGCCAGGGAACUUGUCCGCAGGACGAGUACUUCGACGAAAUUAGCCAGCGGUGCACCACCCAGGUCAUAUCGUAUACCGCCUGCCAGAUAUCGGAGGGAACCACCGGGACCCAAGUCCCAAGUGACACCACCACCACCAUCACUAGCACCACCAUCGCGGUCCCGUGAGCAGCUCCUCAUAAGUAUGGGUGCAUGUGGUGCUGUUAUCAGGCCGAAGUCCUAUAAAAUAUAGAUCAGCUCUUUGUUUAGAUUUCGUGGAAUUGAUUGGACUUUCCCUACA